UUUAACUCGGGCGCUCACCUCGGACCCCGGAAGUGAUAGCGAUGACGCGUCGGGGGCAACCGUGUUAGCAUUUCACGAGUGGAACGCCGCUAUCGGGAUCCUUUACUCCGCAUAUGUGUGUAGCUGUUUUAAAGCAUUCAAAGUGUCUGACACCACCUCUCGCACUCACCGUUCGCCCUUUUUUAUAGUGAUCAAUGACGGCUUUGGUCGGCCAUGGCUGUCGUGUCAUGGAAGGAGAUUUUACUUUUGACUGGACUGGUGGUGGGGUGUUACUGGAACAGUGUGUCGUGCGGCUUUGUGUUUGAUGACGUCUCGGCGAUCCUCGACAACAAGGACCUGCGGCCCUCGACACCUCUGCGCAACCUGUUCCGCAAUGACUUCUGGGGAACGCCGAUGUCUGAGGAGAGGAGCCACAAGUCUUACCGACCGCUGACGGUACUCACCUUCCGGCUGAACUACCUCUUCAGUGAGCUGAGCGCAGCCUCCUACCACCUGCUCAACGUCGUUUUGCACGCCGCGGUGUGUGUGCUGUUCCUGCGAGUGUGCCGGCUGUUCCUGGACAAGACCUCCAGCUUGGUGGCGGCGUUGCUGUUUGCCGUGCACCCCAUCCACACUGAAGCUGUCACAGGUGUGGUUGGCAGAGCUGAACUUCUCUCUUCAAUCUUUCUCCUGGCUGCCUUCCUGGCCUACACCAAAUCAACAAGUGCAGACCACUCUAUCGUCUGGGCCCCCAUCGCUCUGACGGUGGUGCUGGUGGCGGCGGCGACGCUGUGUAAGGAGCAGGGCGUCACCGUUAUCGGCAUCUGCUGUGUGCAUGAAGUGUUUGUGGCACAAGGGUUCACCUUGCCCGUGCUGCUGAACACACUGCGUCAGGUCCUGCAGGGCAAAGACGGUUUCCCGUACGCCGUCCUGCAAACGCUGCUGAAGCUCAUCGUCCUCAUCAUCAGCACCCUGCUGCUCGUCAUCGUCAGGGUGCAGGUCAUCCAGUCGCAGCUUCCGGUCUUCACCAGGUUCGAUAACCCGGCGGCGGUCAGCCCCACUCCCACCAGACAGCUGACCUUCAACUACCUGCUCCCGGUGAACGCGUGGCUCCUGCUGAAUCCCUCCGAGCUCUGCUGCGACUGGACCAUGGGCACCAUCCCCCUGGUGGAGUCCCCCCUCGACCUCCGUAACCUGGCCACCCUGGUGUUCUACGCCUCCCUGGGCCUGCUGGCCUUCCACAGCCUGCGCUACAGACACAGCUCGGCCAGGACGGUCAUCAUGGCGCUGUCUCUGAUCGUCCUGCCUUUCAUUCCUGCGUCCAACCUCUUCUUCCCCGUGGGUUUCGUCGUGGCGGAGAGGGUCCUCUACGUGCCCAGCAUGGGCUUCUGCGUUCUCGUCGCCCAUGGAUUCAGGAUCAUCUCGCAAAAAGGACACCUGAAGAAGAUUUCCUGGUUGGUAAUCGGGGUGCUUUUAGCUACGCAUGCGGUGAAGACCUUCAGAAGGAACUGGGACUGGGAGUCAGAAUACACUCUGUUCACCUCCGCCCUGAAGGUCAACAAGAACAACGCCAAGCUGUGGAACAAUGUCGGCCACGCCCUCGAGAACCAGAACGACUACCUGAAGGCGCUGCAGUAUUUCCUCCAGGCCACUCGCGUCCAGCCGGAUGACAUCGGGGCUCACAUGAAUGUUGGAAGAACCUACAAGAACUUGAACAAGUCCAGAGAGGCAGAAGACGCCUACUUGGUUGCCAAGUCCCUGAUGCCACAGAUUAUUCCCGGGAAGAAGUACGCGACGCGCGUGGCUCCGAACCACCUGAACGUCUACAUAAACCUGGCCAACCUGAUCCGGGCCAACGAGUCGAGGCUGGAGGAGGCCGACCAGCUGUACCGACAAGCGAUCAGCAUGAGACCGGACUUCAAACAGGCCUACAUCAGCAGAGGGGAGCUCCUCUUAAAGAUGAACAAGCUCUCGGAGGCCCGCGACGCCUACCUCCGAGCCCUGGAGCUGGACCGCACCAACGCGGACCUGUGGUACAACCUGGCCAUCGUCAACAUCGAGAUGAAGGACCCGCCGGAGGCCCUGAAGAACUUCAACCACGCCCUGGAGCUCAACCCGCGCCACAAGCUGGCCCUCUUCAACUCGGCCCUCCUCAUGCAGGAGUCUGGUGAGCAAAAGUUCUGGCCCGAGGCCAACCGGCGCUUCCUGGCCUACGUGGAGGAGGAGCCCGAGGACGCCAACGGCUACUUCAACCUGGGCAUGCUGGCCAUGGACGCCGACGAGAACGCGGCGGCCGAGCGCUGGAUGCGCAAAGCCAUCGGGCUGCAGGCGGGCUUCCGCAGCGCCCUGUUCAACCUGGCGCUGCUCUACUCGCAGUCCAAGCGCGAGGUGGACGCGCUGCCGGCGCUGGACGAGCUGCUGCGCCACCACCCGGAGCACAUCAAGGGCCUGAUCCUCAAGGGCGACAUCCUCAUGAACCACAAGAAGGACACGCGCGGCGCCAAGUCCUGCUUCGAGCGCAUCCUGAUCAUGGACCCCGCCAACGUGCAGGGCAAGCACAACCUGUGCGUGGUCUACUUCGAGGAGCGCGACCUGCCGCGCGCCGCCGCCUGCCUGGAGGAGACGCUGGCCAUGGCGCCCCACGAGGAGUACGUGCGGCGUCACCUGAGCAUCGUGCGGAAUAAAAUGGCCGCCAUGAGCGCGGCGGGGCAGCCGCUGACUUCGCCGGAGAGAGUCGGGGAGGAAGGGGAGGAAGGGCGGGGCGCCGAUGCCUCCGGGCACGAGGAGAAUGAGCGGAAAUCCUCCGCGGAGAGCCUCGGGGGCGUGGCCGCGGACCAAUCGGAGGCCGCGGACCAAUCGGAGGCCGCGGACCAAUCGGAGUCCCCGGACGGCGGCCGGGCGACGGGUAAGUCCACCGAGGAGAUUAAAGACAUAGAGAAGAAGAGGGCCGCCGCCCUGAAGAGACUCGAGGAGAUCGAGCGCAUAUUGAGUGGCGAUUGACGUCAUUCAGGACCCGGACUACUUUUUUUUUUUUUUUAAUAGAGCUCUUUAAUGCUCCUUGUACUCCAUUUAUUUUAUUGCUUUGGAUUUAUUCACUUGUUUAUUUAACACUAAUCAUGUAAACUAAAAAGGGAAAUUCUUCUGCACACACACACACAAACAAAAAACCCAUGUAACAAUAAGCACAAAGACUUAUUUAAAGCUUCUGGCCGUUCAUCUGAAUGUGUUUUUCCCAUAUAAAUAUUUGUUUUUCCCCUUUUUUAUGUAGUCAUUGUUUAUCACUGGAUUUCUUUUUCUUUUCUUUUUUUUUUCUCACUCCUGUGUGUUAUUUUAAAAGCAGUUUGAUUGUAUCGGGAACAAUUAAAGGAAACGACGUGUUCUCCACUCGUUUCCUCAGGGCGGGAUGAUAUCUGCCUCCUCCAAAACAACUGCCCUACGCCGGCAGCGCCGGGCUUAUGUUCCGCGGCGUCUUCGAAACCGUUAUUGAUCUCACGCGGCGGCGUUUCCUGCAUCAUCAUCAUCAUCAUCAUCAUCAUCAUCGGCCGCCGCCUCCAAAAUGUCAUUGUGGAGCCCCAUCUAGAGACGAUGACCUCAUCCGUCUCCACGACGACGACGGAAAUAUCUCUCCAAGUGUUUGUUGCAGCCUUCGUAUUCACUCCGUUUUUUUUGGGGCAUCUCUCCGGAUAAAUAAAAAUAAAAUGCCACCGUAAAACAGCUGACUGAAAACAAACAAACAAGUGUUUUUCUCACUAGUUUACGGCGUACGACCCGUUUUUCUUUUCUUUUACUUCACAGUGCAAUAACAUUAAUUCCAGUACGAUGACCCCUCUGCUCAGAGCUGUGACGCCACGAGGAGCCUCGCUAUGCAGUUCUGCCACUCUAUGUACAUAAUAUAUAAAAUAUAUUAUAUAUAUAAUAUAUAUAUAUAUAAAAUAUGUUAUUUAUUAUCUCUAUCAGCACUGCUACUGCUGCGGCUUGUCGUUCACGGUGCGUUACUCAUCAACUGUACGUUGUUAUGGAUGAGCGGUCGGCCAUUAAGAAAAAUGCACGAGGAAACGUCACUUUUUUUUGGGGGCGAGUUUGCUGAUUUUUGUACAAUUUUGAGAUUUUUGUUCUUUUUUUUUUUAUAGCUCUUGGUG